GCGGCGGCGGCGCGAAGAUGGCUGCCCACGGGGGCUCCGCGGCGUCGUCGGCGCUGAAGGGGUUAAUCCAGCAAUUCACCGCCAUCACCGGUGCAAGUGAAAGUGUAGGAAAACAUAUGCUUGAAGCUUGCAACAAUAAUCUGGAGAUGGCAGUCACUAUGUUUUUGGAUGGUGGAGGAAUUGCUGAGGAGCCCAGUACCAGUUCAGCAAGUGUCUCUGCUGUCAGACCACACACCGAAGAAGAAGUACGUGCCCCAAUUCCUCAAAAGCAAGAAAUAUUAGUGGAACCAGAACCUUUGUUUGGUGCUCCUAAAAGACGACGACCUGCACGUUCAAUAUUUGAUGGUUUCCGGGAUUUUCAAACUGAAACUAUUAGGCAAGAACAGGAAUUAAGAAAUGGAGGAGCAAUAGAUAAAAAAUUGACCACCCUCGCAGAUCUAUUCCGGCCACCCAUUGACUUGAUGCACAAAGGCAGCUUUGAAACAGCCAAAGAGUGUGGCCAGAUGCAGAAUAAGUGGCUGAUGAUAAACAUUCAAAAUGUGCAAGACUUUGCAUGCCAGUGUCUCAACCGUGACGUAUGGAGCAAUGAAGCUGUGAAGAACAUUAUUCGGGAACAUUUCAUUUUCUGGCAGGUUUAUCAUGACAGUGAAGAAGGUCAGAGAUAUAUACAGUUCUAUAAACUAGGGGAUUUCCCCUAUGUUUCCAUCUUGGACCCACGAACAGGUCAGAAGCUAGUAGAAUGGCACCAAUUAGACGUAUCUUCUUUCUUGGACCAAGUGACAGGAUUUCUGGGUGAACAUGGGCAACUGGAUGGACUUUCUAGUAGCCCCCCCAAAAAAUGUGCCCGAUCUGAAAGCCUUAUAGAUGCAAGUGAAGACAGCCAGCUCGAAGCUGCCAUCAGAGCCUCCUUGCAAGAGACACAUUUUGAUUCAACACAGGCAAAACAGGACAGCCGUUCGGAUGAAGAGUCUGAAUCUGAGCUUUUUUCUGGCAGUGAGGAGUUUAUAUCUGUCUGUGGCUCUGAUGAAGAAGAAGAAAUAGAGAAUCUUGCCAAAUCCAGAAAAUCUCCUCACAAAGAUUUGGGGCACAGAAAAGAGGAGAACAGAAGGCCACAGACUGAGCACCCAGCCAGAACUGAGCCUGGGACAGCCUCAAACCACCAAGGAUUGCCAGCUAUGGAUCCAGAGAUCUUGGAGAUGUCACCUGAAAAGUCAGAUGGAAUAGUGGAGGGAGUAGAUGUAAAUGGACCAAAAGCACAGCUGAUGUUGCGGUACCCAGAUGGAAAAAGGGAACAGAUCACUCUUCCGGAGCAAGCUAAACUGCUAGCUUUGGUGAAGCAUGUUCAGUCUAAAGGAUACCCAAAUGAACGUUUUGAACUUCUCACCAACUUCCCUCGCAGGAAGCUCUCUCAUCUGGACUAUGACAUUACUUUACAAGAGGCAGGCCUUUGUCCUCAAGAGACUGUCUUUGUACAGGAAAGAAAUUAACACUAUAACCUGGCCUCUCUCAGCUUAUCCCAUUUUUCUCUUUUCCUAUGAAAUACCAUGUUACUAAGUAUGCAUUUUGGCCCAUAGGACCUUAGAACCAAAGUUGGGCAAGCAAGUCACCUGCCUUCUCUUUUAUUUCCUGUUCUCACUUGCAGUCACUGUCCCUUUUUUUUCUCCUCCCUCUCUCCUCUGUUUCCCACUUUGUUUCUUAACUUAAUCAAAUGACCAAAUAGAAGUAUGAAGAUAAGAUCUUUGUCAGUACUAGCAGAAGGAAAUUUAUGUUCUAAUAUCUGGUCUCUCCCUUGCAUGACACUUUUUUAGGAUCCAAUCAUACUGCCCCUCAGACUCCUUUGACAAAGAAUACCUGGGGGCAGAAUAAAAACAACCUCGUUCCAAGCCCUUGUUUAAUAGGGAGAGGAAAAUCUCUUAACAUACAUUUUGUUCUUUGUGUAGGAAGAUCUCAAGAAAUAUACAGGCAGUUAUGUGGAAAAAGCAUCCUUUAUAAUACUGGUUGCCAUAUUUAAAUUUCUCACAAAGGAUUUCCAUUUUCCAGUUAACAAGAGUUAUUUCCAUGAUCUGUGUUAUUGCCCAAAUGAGUGUAUUGCACCACGGCUGUCCUGGCCUGAGACAGUUUUCUUCAUCGUUACUUCAUUAAUAUUCAUUAAAUUCCACCGCAUAGUCCUAGUGAGCAUAUUUUGAGUGGGAUUGGAAGGUGCUUUCUGGUUUUGCCUGUGCAACAUAGUAGUUCUUUUGGCUGUAUAGUCUUAAGUCCAUAGUGAUCUGUAAGAAGGCAGGUGUUCACUAUUCAUGCAGUACCAUGGCUUGAAAUUAUAACUACUGUGGUUAUUGAAUGUCCUAUGUGCUUAAAGCAUACUUAUAUGUCCCAGUGAGGAAAGAAAAACCUGCAGCUGAGAGUUGCUAACCAUGUACCAUGUUCUUUUGGUUAGAAAUAGUGAUUUUUUUUUUUUGCCCCUGGUUGGAAUAAUCUCUAAAAUGCUCUGGUGACUGAUUGACCUUAAUUCUUCAUGCUGUUUUGUUUUAGAAAAUAUCAAAACUGAAAGUCUCUGAGAGGAAGACCUCUAAACUCAGUUCCUAAGACAAGUAGUAAGGGGCCCUAUGGAGAUUACAGUCAUCUUCAGAUAUGGUGAGGGUCUUCUGCCACAAAAGCCACAUUCAAAUUGUAGUUGGUAGAAGCUUCUUCCAGUGUUACUUAGAAGAGGCCAUCCUGAAUCUCUGUAUAAUACCAUUACUUACCAGCUUCAUUAUAUGCUCAGUUUUCCAUCAACCUUUAGAGUCCUCUGACGGGUAACAGUGAUUUGGUGGCAUAAUCAGGACUGACCAGUCACAAAACCAUUAAUAUAGAAUGACUAUUUGGUCAGUUCAGAUUGAUUUUUCUACUUGAACAUAAAUUGCUGUUGCUCAGAGACCUUCCAGGUUCCCAUAUACUUGAAGAUUACUCUCUUGGCAACUAGGGGAUUUAAAGGAAAAGAUUCUGUGUGUUGCUAGUAUGCAAUUAUAUGGUUUUUAAUAGUUGGAUUUUGAGGGAACCUACCUAAAGAAUGGGUUAUGUAUUUCCUCAAGAAAAUCAUGGGAAAUUUUGUUCUUCAGUGAAUCCUUUUGAAUUAAUGUUCUUACAUUUUUUUCCUAAGUCUGUGUAAGUGGUUAUGUAUAAGUAUAUAAUUGUAUAAAUAUUUAUAAAUAUAUUUAUAUAAUUACAAUUUCAUUUAUACCUGAGUCAAAAUUCUCUCUUAGAUUGGUGACUGAGUAAUACACUUUGGUAUUUUUAAUAGGCUCUUGAGGCUUAACUAGCAGCUUCUGAUGUAUUGAGAAAACAUGGUUUGUAAAUUAAUUCCUCAGUUGUAUCUCUGUACUUAUGUAAAAAACUUACUAUCUGAGGAAUAAAGCUACAUACUCCCAGAA